AACCAUGGUUUAAUUAUAGUAAAAGUAUACUAUGUAUGCAUUUUAUUACCAAUGGUUUACUUCAAAUAUCGUGGAAGUAUGGUUGCUAUAGUAAGACAAGUCAAGGUUUGGUUGUAGUUUGCACAUUGAGUAAACAGAAGGCUGAUGCAUCAAAUUUUAAACAUGUAUUGAACUCCUCGUAUCAGUUCCAAGCUUUUGUUACACAUACUGUGUGGUCUUGUAUACUAAGGAAACACGGUUAUGGAUACAAAAAUGAUUCUGGUUGGAGAUAAAGCGAAAACUUUUCUACGUGCUCACGCUUUAACCUUCUUGAUCAUCACAUACGGUCUGUUUAUCAUCUGCGGUGCUGUUGUUUUUAUGAUAUUAGAAGAGCCUGAAGAGAAUGAUCUCGUUGAACAGGUCCGUGAACUAAAAGCACGAUUUUUGGCAGACAAUCGUUGUGUUGAAGAGCGCAGUUUGGAUGAGCUGUUAACGAAGGUGCUUUCUGCGAGUCGACGCGGUGUGGCCGUAUUAAAAUCAGACAACGAUCAAUGUAACUUUGACUUCACGUCGUCGUUGUUUUUCGUCAUUACGUUUCUCACUACCACAGGCUAUGGCACCACCAUGCCACUUUCAGAUGAAGGUCGUGCAUUCUGUGUCGUCUACUGCCUUGUGGGAAUCCCCAUUACCCUACUGCUGCUGUCCUGUCUUACACAUGCCCUUCUACCUUGGACAACACACACUCCUAUUCAAAACCUUCAGGUCUACUGGGGAUUGUCUCAUAACCACGCUGCCUUAUUGCACUGUAGCGUGCUGACCUUAUGCACAGCAACACUAUUCUUCCUGCUACCUGCUGGUGCCCUCUGUUUGUUGGAGAAUGAUUGGAGUUACCUGGAGUCCCUGUACUUUUGUUUUAUCUCACUUAGCACAAUUGGACUUGGAGACUACCUUCCAGGGAGGACCAAAAGCCAAGCAACACUCCAGGGACUGGAGUUUGCUACAUCCUGUUAUCUUAUUGUAGGAUUGAUCAUGUUGCUUGUAGUUCUGGAAAGUAUUUGGGAGCUGCAGCAGAUUCAGGCUGUUUUGCGUUUUUUUGCGGGACCUCAGGAGGGAGAGCUGAAGGAGAUAUGGUUGGAUGAGCUUAUGCUCAGUGGAGACCUCACAGGUCCAGAGGAGGAACCUCAUUACACCCUAUCCAUAUCUACCAUCUCGCCUGCUUUUUUAAACUUACCUACCAGCCCCUCAAUAGAACUGUCACCAAACUUUAAUACAUCACUACGGUAGCCAGCCACAGAAGAAACGUCUUCCUUCUUCACCAAGACCAGUGGCCGUUUGCAUAAACCUUUAAGACUACUAAAAGUUAGUCAUGAUUUUUUUUCUUCAAGACUGAUUAUAACUGUUUUAAGAAUGUUACACAGAAAUGUAGGUCUAAUUUUAAUCCAAAUAAUAAGACUGAUUAGCUCUAAAUAAUUGCUGGUUAGUCAGAAUCAUUCUUAAGAUGCAGUCUUAACGUCACGGCUGGGUAUUUCUCAGAUUAAGGGCCAAAUUGGGUUGCUGCAAUUUUGAAAAUUAAAAUUCCAAAUUUGACUAAUUGGUAUACAUCAAAGUAUCAGUCCUUAAGUCAUGAGCGACGUUAUGAGCUUGGUUGAGAACAUAAGAUGAGGGAAUUUAUGAUUUUUUUGCCAGUUUCUUAACCAUGUCAAGUAAAUGUGUCUUUACCAUCACAUCAUUGAAUAUAUGUAAAAAAUAAAACUUAAAUGAUAAAUCAGUGCUUUUAAAACAUUUUGUGGUUUCACAUGUAAUCUAAUUUAUCUUGAACUUAAAGGAGCAUUUCACCCGUAUUAACAUUAAUCUUUAUUGAAAGUGUGUCAUAUUUGUAGUCGAAAUGUAACAUACAUUUAGAAUUUGGUGCCUAUUUGACAGAGAAAAGGGGUGUUUGUAGUCUCACCCCCUCAACAAAGAUAUUGGACUUCCUUCUUUCAAUGAUGCAAAAUGAUGAUUUUUACAUAAUUGAAAGAAGGAAGUGCAACAAUGAAAUCCGUAUUUCUCCUGUCUCAGCGACAACUGAGGAAAUGAUGCAUGACCAUUCAAAAACAUCCCUUUAAUGAGAUUUUUACUUGCAAGAUGAAUUAUAGUCAUUUACGUAUCUAAAUUUCUGAUUCAUCAAUCUACCCUGCCUUGGAAUCUAAGCUUAUUUUAAGUAAAUGCCAUAAAUCGAAACUUUUUAAUACAUUGUCAGAAGUGUAUAAUUGUAGGAUGCUUUUGUUAUUUAUACAUAAUUUAUUGGCAAAAUUAUGUAUUGUGCUGGUAAUGGCUGUGCUGGUAAUGACAUUUUUGUAAAAAAAACUAGCCCUACCAGCUAAGAUGAUGACUAAGCAAGUGUAGCUAUCUUUCUACAUGUAAUGUACACCAUUUUAACUAUUAAAGUGAUACAAAUAUUUUAAAAAUGUUUAAAAAUACAGAAAUACAACACAUAUGGUAACGACACAUAAUAAGUGUACAUGCCCAACACAAAGAAUAAAGAGUAGAUUUACUUA